AUGGCGGUCGCCUUCGCCUCCUCUGUUCCGUCCCGGUGCCGCAAGCCGCCAUCGCCAUCGGCCUCCUCCUUAGUCGCCGAAGCAUGCAUCCUGCGCCAGAUUCAAGGUACUGACACAGAAAUGCUGGGCCUUAUCCAAGUGGCAAGCCUUAUAGAGUCAUCCGCAAAGAAGGGGACUACAGAGCUCAAUCUCCUGGAUAAGCUGGUGGACCAAGUUGAGUGGCUCCCUGUCUCGCUUGGAAAAUUACAGGAUGUCACUGAGCUUGAUCUAUCUGAGAAUAGGAUCAUGGCACUCCCAUCAACAAUUGGUAGCCUUAGAUACUUGACAAAGCUUGACCUCCACUCAAACCAGCUGAUCAAUCUGCCUGAUACCUUCGGGGAACCUUCCAGCCUGAUUGAUCUUUGGCUUGCGUGCAAACCAGCUAAAGUCUCUUCCUACAUCAAUUGGAAAUCUCACGAGCCUAGUCUGUCCUCCCUUUUGCCUACGUAUCAAUUUGUGAUUCUUUAUUCUAAUUUUUGA